ACACCAUUCCUAAUAGAAAAAAGGAGCCCUGGGUGUCAAGUCAUCUGUCUACCCAACCAAAAGACACCAUGUCAUAUAACUCCCCCGUGGUCGAGGACAUUCACCACAACCUGAUCUGCCAUACCAGCCACUGCUCUACCUCACCCUAUCUACUCCAUCUCUGCACGACCUUCUCCUCUUCCUCCCGCAAAUGACUAGACAACGUCUUUCGUGGGCAUUUGGCAUGAUACGAUGUAGGGUGACAGUCACCUCUUUGCACAGCCAUCUCCAGGGCCAGGCACAGUGGUUGAGAGCACAUCUCAGCAAAGAGCAUGUGUCUAAGGGAUGGGUGACCUAGCAUCCUGCAUCUGUGACACGUUUCCUAAUUCCUCCCAUCAAACUCCCCAUGCCAAUGCCUUGCUCAGGCAAAUGUGUAACACUCUUUUCAUCCAAGAACCUUGCCAGUUGCCUACCAUGGGCUAGCUGUGGCCACCACACAAUCUAACAAUGGCACAAGUGCCCAGCUUGGUACAGAUGACUUCUGGAGCACGUUCUCAUGCAUCUCUGUAUCCAACCGCCUAUGGACAGGAGACUCAGCGACAUUUAAUGACAGCAAGUUCAAGAUAACACUGCUGAUAAGUGGGAGAGAAAGGAUUCAAACCCCAGACUGUUUGGCUCUCCCUAAGGCUUUGCCUGUGGUUUUAUGGCCCCUUUCCCAGCCAUAUUUGCAAGAAAGCAGGAAGAUCUUCAUUUGAUGGGGUUAUUGCUGACUCUAAAAGUUAACGUUCAACCCCGGACAGUGGCUUUUCCUUCUCUAACCACUGAGAUCACUACAGCACUCAGGGCUACACACUGACAAGUCCCUGCAACAAGUCACCUAAUUCUCUGGCUUCUUGAAGAGCUGGUUUAUUGUCCUAUAGGGAGGGGCUGACUGUACUUAGGAGACCUCUAGGGCAGAGAAGCCUUGCCUAUGGGGCAACGCCUCUCUCUGUCACUCUAUAAAUGUCUUCCGCAGCCAAAAGGAGGCCUUCUGUGGCGCUGCUCCCUCCCUCGCUGUGAGACUCCAGCUAUUUCACCAUGAGAGUUCUAGCCCUUUCCAGUCUGCUCUGCGUGCUGCUUCUCUGGUUCUGCAUUCUCUCCUCAGAAGGGAGGAGGCAUCCCCCCAAGUUCUCAAAAUCCAGGCUCUGCUGCUACCCUUUUCCUAGAUCCAAACAGCUAAACCAGAAAGGAAACUACACCAGGAUCUGCAGACUAUGCAAAAGCAAGCCACCAUCCAAGUCCUGGGUGGUACCCGGUGCUCUCCCACAGGUAUAGAGCACCUGAAGCAUAGCUGCACCCUGAUGACCUUCAUGCCCAGCUGUGGAGACACCAGAAGCCUUGAUUUGUCCCCUGCCAAUUUUCAUGGCACCAGUGAAUUGUAACACUGGGAGACUUCACUUCAGAGACCCAGGAACAUUCCAGAAUUCUCUACGUUCUGGUUCCAAUGGUACCACCAACCUUCAGAGUCACCAUGAUCUAGGCUCGGCCCACAUGUCUUCGUGGCUCCUCCAAAGUGAAAGUCAAAGAUUCCUCCUGUGGGAGCUACAACUCUAGAGAUUUCAAAGGUGGCCAGAGCACAGAAUAGCAAGACCUCUAUGUGAUCAGCCAGGACUACAGCAUCUCAGGCACCCACAGACAGUCCCAAAUUCCUAGCCUUUAACCAAUGGUCUCCGAACCAACUCCUGUAACUUCCUGAUGUUCAUCAUCAGGAGAGCAUCAAAAAUAAUAAAUAAUAAAUUGGCAUACACACUAUGCGUGGAGCAUCCUUGUCUGGGAAAGUAAUGUGGCCUGAACUACAACAUUGUGCUAAGAGGAAAGUUU